GGUCACUUGCGGCCGCGGCCCGUACGUGCGCCUCAUCCGCGCCCCCUCCUCCUCGUCGUCGUCAGUCAGCGACGGACCGAACCACCGAGCACACACCCACCUCACCGGCCAACGAUUAACCGGCAUGGCGGCGGCGCUAUCCGCGCUGCUCCCGCGCGCCGCGGCCGUCCGCAUCGCGGCGCCGCGCGCCCGCCCUGCCGCCGCCGCGUCCCGCCUCCUCUGCGCGGCGGCGGCGGGGGAGGCGUCGAGUUCGCCCGCGGCGCCGCGGAGGCUGGUGCUCUACACCAAGCCCGGGUGCUGCCUCUGCGACGGCCUCAAGGAGAAGCUCCACGCCGCCGUGCUGCUCGCCGGCACCCCCUACUCCCUCGCCUCCCUCGAGCUCCAGGAGAGGGACAUCACGACGAACCCGGAGUGGGAGCGGCUGUACCAGUACGAGAUCCCGGUGCUGGCCAAGGUGCUCGCCGACGGCACCGAGGUACCCAUUGAUCCGCUCGUGAUUUACCCUUUUCGCCAUGUUUUCAGCUACGCAAUGAAAUACUUCCGAGGCUGUCUCCCCGACUAACUGUGGAGCUCAUACAAAAGAAAGUAUCCAGCGUGUUUGAUCAGUAAGGAUAUAAUUGUACUUCGAAAGUUCAAUCGUCAGCUUUGCAUUUAGAGCUGCAGCUGUAAGAGUGGCAAUAGGUGGUAUGAUGAUUGCUGUUAUUGUCCUUGGUUGUAAGUUGUAAACCAUGAUUUUCAAUUGCUUAACUUUUUUUUGUACAUUUA